CGCGUCACCCGGCGUGACCGACAGCGGCUACGCUUCUAUGAUCACUUAACUUCGCCUCGGCCGCUGAAAUCAAACCUGGAACGGUCGCCCGCAGUUUCAUCGUCAUUUGUUGUAUUGCGUAGCGGCGACGGACUGUUCCAUGAUGGCUCUUCUGUACGAAUACGUCACGCAGGAGCAACUCGCAGGCUUCGACAAGUACAAGUACAGCGCAGUGGACUCCAAUCCUCUGUCCGUUUACGUCAUGCACCCUUUCUGGAACUUUGUGGUGAAGUUUCUACCAAAGUGGCUGGCUCCCAACCUCAUCACGUUCACCGGCUUCAUGUUCCUCGUGGUGAACUUCCUCAUGUUGGCCUUCUACGACUAUGACUUCAACGCCUCGGCCGUCGGACAUCAGCAUGUGCCGAGCUGGGUGUGGGUGACGGCGGGGAUCUUCAACUUCUUGGCCUACACGCUCGACGGCGUGGACGGCAAGCAGGCGCGCCGCACCAACUCCUCCACACCACUCGGGGAGCUGUUUGACCACGGGCUGGACAGCUGGGCUUGCAUCUUCUUCGUGGCCACAGUCUAUUCUAUAUUUGGGCGCGGCCCCAGCGGCGUGGGCGUGGCCACGCUUUACUACAUCCUUUGGGUGGUGCUGUUCUCCUUCAUCCUGUCGCAUUGGGAAAAGUACAACACAGGUGUGCUUUUCCUGCCGUGGGGCUACGACAUCAGUCAAGUGACCAUCUCCCUGGUCUACGUGGUGACAGCAGUGGUGGGUGUGGAGACCUGGUACCAGCCUGUCCUGUUCUACUUUCUCUACAGAGACCUUUUCACCUUCAUGAUAGUGGCCUGUUCCUUCUUGGUGACGUUGCCUAUGAGCCUCUGCAACGUGUUCAGGGCGUACCGCAGCAACUCGUUGAAACACAGCAGCGUGUACGAGGCCUUCCUGCCCUUCCUGUCACCCGUGCUGCUAUUCGUCCUGUCCACCAUUUGGGUGCUCUUUUCUCCUUCCGACAUCCUGGAGCUGCAGCCCAGGCUCUACUACCUCAUGGUGGGCACGGCCUUUGCCAACGUCACGUGCAAGCUGAUCGUCUGUCAAAUGAGCAACACGCGCUGCCAGCCGCUGAGCUGGUUGCUGCUACCGAUGGCUGCCGUGGUGACGCUGGCCGUGUCGGGCCUGGUGGCCGAUGAAAUGCUGUUGCUGCACUUGUGGACGGCCGUCGUCGUGCUGGCGCACAUACACUACGGCGUGUCGGUGGUCCAACAACUCAGCGGCCAUUUUGGCAUCCUGGCCUUCUCACUGAAGAAGCCCAGCAGUGACUGACAGGAGGACGAACGAAUCGGCUUGAAAGGAGCAGAGGUCUAGACACAUUCCGGUACACCUUUUCUCUCUGCUCAACGACAUGUCAACGCGGCAACCGUAUCCUCUCCGUUCAGCGAGGGACGCCCAAAAACGCACACAUGCACGCACAAAUAGCCACUCAACUCAAUUUCUUUGUUAUGGGGGGGGCCUCAGAGACGCUCCGACUUACCUCAUUGGAGGAUUGUUGCACUGUGUCGAGCCAAUGAGGUGCGAGUGUUUCCUACGGAAAUGUGUUCCAUUUACGGGCUGGGGAGCCUAUACGCGCGCGCACGCCCACAGACUCACACUGAUACACUGUCUGCUUUCAGGUAGACAGACAGACAGACACACGAUUAUAGCAUUCUGAAUGUAUCAUUAAUAAGCCUUGAUGGAAACUCGAACUCAUAACUCGAAAGUCUUAUUUUGCUCCUUAAUUCAUUGGAAGUAGACCCGUCUAAUGUAUCAUUUUGAAUACGCUUCUCACUGGUGGUGAUCGGAUGCGGAUGAUGCAGGGAAGUGUCGCGUCUUUCACGCUGAUUUGUUCUUUUCGGUGUCAGUGGGUUGUGUUGCCGUGGCGACGGCAGCCGCUUGAAUGAAGAGUGUGUCCCAAAAAUCGCAUGACGGAAGGGAUUUACUCUGAGAGGAAGGAGCGCAUGCCGCCGGCCUUUUUUUUUUUUGGGAAAACAAACUUUUUAUAACAGUAAUGAUUGACAGUCUCAUUAGUGAGUGCCAGAGUCUGUAACUUGGCUAGUAAUGCCUGGCCAAUGGGACACGAGUGUUGAGGGAAAGCCUGCAUGCGUUUCAAGCACAGUCAAGUAAACUCAAGUGUGUGUGUGUGU